AUGGCGGCAUACCUUGUCAGGCUGAUCGGGUUCCACCCGAUUAGACAAGAUUUACCAUACACUUUGCUGAUCGGGCUUGCCCGAUUAGAUAGGGUCUGUUGUACGCUUCAUCAAACCGGUCGGGCUUGCCUGAUUAGACGAACACGCUGGUCGGGCUUGCUCGAUUGGAUAAGGUCUGAUGUACGCUUUGUCAGACUGAUCGAGCUUGCCCGAUUAGACGAACACGUUUACCUUGUCAGGCUGAUCGGGCUUGCCCGAUUAGGUAAGGUCUGUUACACGCUUCGUCAGACUUAUCGGGCUUGUCCGAUUAGACGAACACGUUUACCUUGUCAGGCUGAUCGGGCUUGCCCGAUUAGACUGAUCGGGCUUACCCGAUUAGACGAACACGUUUACCUUGUCAGGCUAAUCGGGCUUGCCCGAUUAGACAAGGCUGAUCAGGCUUACCUGAUUAGACGAAUGUGUUUACCUUGUCAGACUGAUCGGACUUGUCCGAUUAGACAAGGUCUACUAUACGCUUCGUUAGGCUGA